GGCUCCGCGCCGCAGGAUGCGCCUCCUGCCCGGCCUCUUCCUGCUGCUCGCGGCCGCGUCCCGAGCCGCCCAGACACUUUUCCAGAGCCCUGACGAGGGCUGGCAGGUUUACACCUCAGCACAGGCCCCCGAUGGCAAAUGCCUGUGCACGGCUGUCAUCCCGGUGCAGGGCACCUGCUCCCGAGACCUGCGCAGCCGCCAGCUCCGGCAGCUCAUGGAGAAGGUGCAGAACAUCUCCCAGUCCAUGGAGGUGCUGGACCUGCGGACCUACCGUGACCUGCAGUAUGUGCGCAACACAGAGUCGCUCAUGAAGGGGCUGGACUCCCGGCUGAAGGUGGCCACUGAGAGCCAGAAGAGUCUCAAUGCAAAGAGCUUCCAGGAGCUGAAGGACAAGAUGACGGAGCUGCUGCCACUGAUCCCGGUGCUGGACCAGUACAAAGCAGACACACGCACCAUUGUGCAGCUGAAAGAGGAGGUGCGGAACCUGUCAGGCAGCCUGCUGGCCAUCCAGGAGGAGAUGGGCGCCUAUGACUAUGAGGAGCUGCAGCAGCGCGUAAUGGUGCUGGAGGCCCGGCUGCAUGCCUGUAUGCAGAAGCUGGGUUGUGGGAAGCUCACAGGUGUCAGCAACCCCAUCACUAUUCGGGCCUCAGGGUCACGCUUUGGGUCCUGGAUGACAGACACCAUGGCUCCCAGUGCUGACAGCAGGGUCUGGUACAUGGAUGGCUACUACAAGGGGCGACGCGUGCUCGAGUUCCGCACACUGAACGACUUUGUGACGGGGCAGAACUUCGUGCAGCACCUGCUGCCACACCCCUGGGCCGGGACGGGCCACGUGGUGUUCAACGGCUCACUUUACUACAACAAGUACCAGAGCAAUGUGGCAGUGAAGUACCACUUCCGCUCCCGCAGCAUCCUGGUGCAGCGCAGCCUCAGUGGUGCUGGCUACAACAACACCUUCCCCUACUCAUGGGGUGGCUUCUCUGACAUCGACUUCAUGGUGGAUGAGAAUGGGCUCUGGGCCGUCUACACCACCAACCAGAAUGCCGGCAACAUCGUGGUGAGCCGCGUGGACCCACACACGCUAGAGGUCCUGCGCAGCUGGGACACUGGCUACCCCAAGCGCAGUGCCGGCGAGGCCUUCAUGAUCUGUGGCACCCUCUAUGUCACCAACUCCCACCUGGCCGGUGCCAAGAUCUAUUUUGCCUACUACACGAACACUUCCAGCUAUGAAUACACGGACAUCCCCUUCCACAACCAGUACUCCCACAUCUCCAUGCUGGACUACAACCCACGGGAGCGGGUGCUGUACACCUGGAACAACGGCCACCAGGUCCUGUACAAUGUCACCCUCUUCCACGUCAUAAAGACUUCGGGUGAGCUCUGAACGCCCCCCACUCCCCGUCGUAAUCGGUUAUUUUUACACGCCGGCCUCAGCCCCGCUUUCAACAGCGUGGGGCCCUGAGGCUCCUCGUCCCUUUCUUCCUGUGGUGAAUGGCGCAUGGAUCUCUGCUGCUGCUGCUGCUGCUUCGUCCAAGCUGACUGCGGUUCGUUCUCUUUUCGGUUUCGUUUUGGUUCGGUGGCAAAUAAACACAGACUGAGCGGUCUUUGAGGGGUGUGGUGGAACACAGGCUUCUUUCACGUGGUUCUUGGUGAGUUGCUCUUGGCUUGUGUGCGAGUAGGGGCAGGGGUGGGGAGGGGGGUGAUUCUUCAUGCUUGGGGUGACAUUUCCUGCCCUGGAGGUCAGAAAUCCAGGAGACGCACCAGUGAGAAGCCUGAGAAGGGGGGCACUUGGCUGCUCCCCGCUGCUGUCCUGCUCGGGAUGAAUGUGACACGGCUGAGAGCACAGACAACGAGAAGGGGGGGACCUUCCUAUCAUCACCGUGUUCGGCUACAGUAAUGGGCGGUGCAAGCAAAUGGCCUGAAUCCACUCCAGGCAGCCUCCGGCGUUCUGCAUCCCUGGAGCAAAGGCAAGCGGUGGGUGAGACUCACGGUCGUGUUUGGAAACAACCGUGGCUAUUAAACACCUGUCUCUGACCUGG